UUGUAAGGCAUAAAGUGAAUCAGUAGUACCUACUAGGAAGAAGGUGCAAGCGUCAUAAGGCAAGGUCAUGGUGAUAGAUGACUCAGCUUUCGGGAGUGUCUCCACUUCAGGAAUCUAACGCCAUGGGUUCCGGAAAGAACCUUUAAACUAACUGUACUCCGGAGUAUAUCUGGUUUUGUUCCGGAAGCUCUAGAUAGUAGUAUCUACUCCAGAUACUCCGUUCACGGAUCUACUAUGUACUAGUCUACUAAGUACAAUGAGAUGACCCACACAGGUGAUCCACAGUGCUUGGCAGAUCAUAUAUAUUCAUCUCGCAAGGCUGUGUUGGUCACCCAUUUAUUAAUUAUCACAUGGCAAGGUUCUAUAUGGAUCGUAACAAAGUAUCAUGGCAGCUCAUUGUUUUCUGAUUAUAUUGUAUUAAAAUGAC